AUGACUGUGUUUUCUAUACCGCGAGUAACGCCAAGGGGUAGGUGUCAGAUUGCAGCAUUGCUAUUGGCCCAUCUCAAGGUCAUAAAGAAUGGCACUCACUCGAAGCCAUUGUGUGAAGCGCAACUUCACUCUACUCCACUUAAUACGAAAAGCAGAAACCUCAUUAUGUCGUCAUCAAAAUCCUCUGGAAAGGGUGCCAAUUUUGAGUCCAGAGAACCGCAAGAGUUCCACCGAUUACUUACUGCAUUUCGUGAAACUAUGGUAAAGAAAUGCAAACCACUGCCUGAUGAGCCCGACUUCUUCACUAAUGAGUCAAUUUUGACUGACUUUCUCCGUGCGAGGAAGUACAAAUUGGAUGAUGCGGUUGAAAUGCUGACAGCUGCAGUGGAGUGGCGACGUGAGUACCAACCGCUUAAGGUCGAUUGUAAUUACUGUCACAAUCAACCGGGAUUCCAUUGCAUUCGUCAAGUUGGACACGAUAAGUUUGGACGCCCCAUAUUGUACGCCUGUUUUGCGCAGGCUUUUGCCGCAAAGAAUCACUCGUCGGACACCAUCUUGCAUUGCGUUCAGAUGUUGGAAAAUGCACGCCGAUCCUUCAAGCAAUCGGCUACGCAAGUCCUCUUUAUCAUAGAUUGCACAGGUAUGACGUUGCCGUGCUGCAACCCUAACCUCGGCAAGAAGAUGUCGAAUGUCUUCUCCAACUACUAUCCUGAACGUCUUGGCGCUGCUGUGAUUGUGAACCAUAAGUCCAUUUUCCAAUCUAUUUGGCGAGCUAUCCGAAAGUUCCUCGAUCCUGUCACCGCGCAUAAGGUGGUCUUCUUAAAGCAGAAGUCAUCACAGAAGUCCUCUUCUAACCCUGAGAAGAAGUCGAAAAAUCUAAGUGAGGGACUUCGUGAGUUCUGUGAUGAGGCAACAGCUCAGUGGCUGGAGACCGAGAUUCGAUUGAACAAGGAGAUAAAUGAGGAUCAGAUGCGAUUCUGGGAGAAGCCCUCGGGAGGUGCUCACGAUCCGCGAGGAACGGAGGCUUUUGUGAGGGAAUUCAUUGAGAAUCGAAACCCACCAAAUGGAUUCGUUCCGCAUCCGAAUAUUGUAGAUUUGCUGAAUGGUACACUUGCAUCGGGAUAUCCUGUGCACCUGAGGAGCGGCGGUGCCGGUGACAAAGUUGACCCAGAACAGAUGAAGGAGUAUGGCAUCGAGAGUGUGGAUGCCGACGAUGAUGAGGAUUACGACUAA